GUGAACUUAAGAAGGAAAGGAAACAAACAGCCUUGGGUUUCUUUGCUUUGGUACGGUUCCUUGAGGAUCGAUUGGUGGGAGAAGCUGGAAUCAAAUUCACCUACCUCCGUUUGCUGGUUUCCCUUUCUUUCAACUUCUUGUGCCCCGAUGCAGCAAGAGCUCCAGCCAUUCUCUAGCUGCUUCUGAAGGGAGCCCAGCUUGCUAGGGUGUUUUCAGCUGUUCAGGCGAGCUUGCCUUUGCCGCGGGAGAUGGAACUCAGAGAGGACAUUCCGGCAGCCUGUUUUCCUGCAGCUGAGGAGACGACAUUCAUGGAACCUCCUUUUUGAUUUGGAUAUGUCACUGUUGUCAGGGCAACUGUUAAUGGUGGCGUAUCAUAUUUUCUUCUCUUGGGCUCUGUGCUGAAUAUUUCAGUAAGCAGAAGAAAGAAGAUACCGGGAGGGAAAAGGUGCUGCAUCAGGAAGGAAAGAAGGCCAGGGAUCUGACUGAACAAGUUAAAGCUCCAAAGGGAGGAAGAGGACGACAAGGAGGGAGGAGGCAUUCCAACCAAUGUACUUUUAAUUAAGCCCUCUCUCUUUUUUUGGUCAAGGUACAAGAAAUUGUAACUCCUAUCUGCCAAGUGCACGUUGGUUUCUCUCUGCUAUUUGCAAUCUGCUGGGCCCUCACAGGAUGUGUUACAAAUGAAUCCACUGCUUUGCAGCUAACUGGAAUUGACAUAUUGUAGGUGGGGGGAAAGGACCGGCAAUAAUGCCAGGUUCAGCAGCUGCUCUCCGGCAAGAGCGGCUGAAGAAGCCAGGUAUGAGGCCAAAUACACCUGUUCUGUUUACCAUUAAUGAGGAGGACGAGCAUCUAAAGAGCAACCAUUCCAAGAGAUCAAAAGCACUAAAAGUUGAUGAAAGACAACGACUGGCCAGAGAACGAAGAGUAGAACAGGAAAAGAUUUAGGUAACGAGAGAAGCUGCUUGGCUAGAGAAAGAGGAGAGAGCAAGGCAACACUACGAAAAACAUCUGGAGGAGCGUAAAAAGAAAUUAGAAGAGCAGAGGCUAAAGGAAGAAAGAAGGAGAGCUGCAGUAGAAGAAAAACGGAAGCAGCGAAUAGAGGAGGACAAGGAACGACAUGAAGCUGUUGUACGCCGCACAAUUGAGAGGAGCCAGAAACCAAAAAAGCAGAACAGGUGGUCCCUGGGAAGUACGCUUCAUCGUAGCAGCAAUCCAGACAGGCGAUCUGUUUCAACAAUGAACCUUUCGAAACAUGUUGAUCCAGUCAUUAACAAGCGGCUCUCCUACUCAUCUGCAACAUUACUAAAUUCUCCAGACAGAGCUCGACGUAUGCAGCUAAGUCCAUGGGAAAGCAACAUGGUUAGCAGGCUUCUGACCCCAACUCAUUCAUUCUUGGCCAGGAGUAAAAGUGUAGCAACUUUAUCUGGAGAUGCAGCAUCUUGCAGCCCAAUCAGCCCUCUCUCCUUCAAGGCCAUUAGUUGCCAAAGUCCAGCAGACCGAGCAAAAUUGUUUGGCACAGCCCCUGAGAUUAGACGGCGAAGCAGGAACACACAUUCAGCUGGGAAUAGCAGAAAAGGAAAGGAAAGAGGACUCUCAUCAACUAAUCCUUCAUCUGGUAAAAGAAGAACUCGUUCACCAUCUGCCUUCAGAAGUAAACCAGCUGCUUGGCAUGCCUCCAGAUCAAUGCCUGUCCUGCCAGGAACACCCAGAAAGAUCACUUUGCUAUCUGGAUCUUCCAAAACACCUUCCAUUCAAGCGCCGCCUUCCCCUGGCAACAUUCGUCCAACAAAACAUGGGAAAAAGGGGACGCUGAAGGAAUCUGAGAAGAUAAUGGAACAAAAAUCAGACCCUAAAAAAACAGCUUCAAAUCCCAGAGUAGCUACAAGUGAAGAGACCUGUAAACCAGAGCCCACUCAAAGUCGUGUUCCAGUUCUGCCCUCUGUUCCUUCAGCAGCUUCACCAUCUCCCAUCUGUAGCAAAUCUUCAGCAGGGACAACAGAUCCAGAAGAAGCAACCCGGUUGCUUAGUGAAAAAAGGCGACUCGCCCGGGAGCAACGAGAACGGGAGGAGCAGCAAAGAAGGGAGCAGGAAGAGAUUGAAAGACAAAAGAAGGAGGCCUUGGUGCAGAAGAUCGCUGAGGAAAGAGCACGCCGAGAGGAGGAAGCUCAGAAGGAGGAUGCAGAAAGGACAAAAGAAGCUGAACAGGAGCAGGAGGAGGAAGAGCUACGCCGCUUGGCAGAAGAAAAGGAGGAGAAAGAAAGGAGGGAAAUGGAACUCUUUCAGAAAAAGAAGGAAGAGGAAACUCGGUUACGAGAAGACCAGAUUCGACUGGAACGUGAAAAACAUUUCCAGAGAGAAGAGCAAGAGCGCUUAGGAAGAAAGAAGCGUCUUGAGGAAAUUAUGAAAAGAACUAGGCGAUCAGAACCUGUGGAAAGAAAAUCAGAUGAGCAGCAGAAUGGAGUGAUAGCAAAAGAAAUAGUGAGCAGCCCGACACCUCCAUUAAGCCCUGUAAUGGGUUCUCAGGUCCAAUGUAUGACGAAACUCCAUGCAAUGGGAAAUGGUACUUCACACCCUGCGCUCAUUUCUCACCAGCCCAGAGUAAACUUAUACAGUAAUCUCAACCCACGAAAACAUUCAAGAAAUGGAGUAUCUGCGCAGGAUGAAAACUUUGAAGAGCUCAUCAGUUUACCCAUGGGAAUAAAACCUCCCAGGUUGGAUACCAUGAGUCCUGAAGAGAAAGAUAACUCUGAUAUUCCUUUGACUCCCAUUUUGGCCUUUGAAGAGAAUGGGGCACGAGGGUCAUUGCCUCAAGUAGACAAUGUUCCAACGCCACAGACAGCAGAAGUUGUCUGAGAUC